CGCCGGCCGGAGAGGGCGCGUUUGUUCCGGAGGGCGGGGGGUUGGGGGGAACGACGGCAGGAAGCGAGCUGCGUCGAGGUCGUGGCGGAGCCGGACGGCGACCUGCUCGGGAUGAACCACAAGAGCAAGAAGCGCAUCCGCGAGGCCAAGCGCAGUGCGCGGCCCGAGCUCAAGGACUCGCUCGACUGGACCCGGCACAACUACUACGAGAGCUUCCCGCUGAGCCCGGCGGCCGUGCCGGAUAACGUGGAGAGGGCUGAUGCCUUACAGCUGUCGGUGGAAGACUUCGUCGAGCGGUACGAGCGGCCUUACAAGCCCGUGGUUCUGCUCAAUGCCCAGGAGGGCUGGUCCGCGCAGGAGAAAUGGACUCUGGAGCGCCUCAAAAGGAAAUACCGGAACCAGAAGUUCAAGUGCGGUGAGGACAAUGACGGUUACUCGGUGAAGAUGAAGAUGAAGUACUACAUCGAGUACAUGGAGAGCACCCGUGAUGACAGUCCCCUUUACAUCUUUGACAGCAGCUACGGCGAACACCCCAAGAGAAGGAAACUUUUGGAAGACUACAAGGUGCCCAAGUUUUUCACGGACGAUCUUUUCCAGUACGCAGGGGAGAAGCGCAGGCCCCCUUACAGGUGGUUUGUGAUGGGGCCACCACGUUCUGGAACUGGGAUUCACAUCGACCCUCUGGGAACCAGUGCCUGGAAUGCCUUAGUUCAAGGUCACAAGCGUUGGUGUCUGUUCCCCACAAGCACUCCCCGAGAACUCAUCAAGGUGACCCGAGAAGAAGGGGGGAACCAGCAAGAUGAAGCCAUUACCUGGUUUAAUGUUAUUUAUCCACGGACACAGCUUCCAACCUGGCCGUCUGAGUUCAAGCCCCUGGAGAUACUCCAGAAGCCAGGAGAGACUGUCUUUGUACCAGGGGGCUGGUGGCAUGUUGUUCUUAAUCUUGACACCACCAUUGCCAUCACCCAGAACUUUGCCAGCAGUACCAACUUCCCUGUGGUGUGGCACAAGACGAUACAGCACGGGCAGCGGCAGUGCAAGCCACCCCCAGUCACCCCGUGCCACUGUGUCCCAACCCUGACCUGGAGGGACCAGCUCUCGGGGAUCUUGAAGCAGGAGCACCCUGAGCUGGCAGUCCUGGCCGACUCCGUUGACCUCCAAGAGUCCACAGGCAUCGCUUCCGACAGCUCCAGCGACUCCUCCAGUUCUUCUAGCUCCAGCUCCUCUGACACAGACUCAGAGUGUGAGUCUGGGUCUGAAGGUGACGGGACGGCACACCGCAGGAAAAAGAGGAGGACGUGCAGCAUGGUGGGGAACGGGGACACGACCUCACAGGAUGACUGUGUGAGCAAAGAGCGCAGCUCCUCCAGGUGACCGCGUGCGGCAGCUGUCUGCAAGGAUGUGCUCGCAGCGUAGGCAAGGCCCAAGCCUGGGAGGGCAGCCCACCGGAAUCUGCAGAACCAGGGAGGGUGACGCCUGAGAACGAGGACACUCAGAAUGGGAAUCGCAGCGUUUGGUACAGUGGCUUUUUAUCCAUGGUCGUGUCUUAUCAUAAGGGCAAAGGUGUGUGUGGUGCCGAGAACGCCCUUUCCCUAUUUAAUAAAACUCUCCAUUUUAUAUCUUGAA